CUUGCUUUCACAUACAAGGCCUUAGCUGACCACCAUGUUUACCUGGAAGGUACUCUUUUAAAACCAAACAUGGUGACCGCUGGUCAGUCAUGUCCAAGGAAGUACACGGCUGAUGAUAAUGCUCGUGCAACUGUCCAAGCACUCAGUCGUACUGUGCCUGCUGCUGUUCCAGGUAUCACCUUCUUAUCUGGUGGACAGUCAGAAGUAUGUGCCACAGAAAAUCUAAAUGCCAUCAACAGAUACCCAGGACGCAAGCCUUGGGCACUUAGCUUCUCCUUCGGUCGAGCUCUCCAAGCCAGUGUCCUAAAGGCUUGGCAGGGACAAGAUAGCAACUUGGCCAAUGCUUAAGCAACGCUUCUCAAUAGGGCAAAACUGAAUGGACUGGCAGCUGUGGGGAAGUACAAUGGUGAAGAUGGGAGUGCAGCAGCCAGCGAAUCUCUGUUUGUUCCCAAACACACCUAUUAGUUAUCUCCCUUGGUUGUCUUGUUGUUGACACAAAGGGAAGUAAUUAAUGAACAUCAAAAUGUCAAAAAAAAGUUGUUAAAAUUAUUGUCAGUGUCCUUCAAAUUUUAUACAAGGAGUAACUUUGUUAUGGUGAAAAGUUAUUGAAGUAAAUUAAGAUCUCAACAAUAUACAACAGAUUUAAAAAGGUCAAAGGUCAAAGUUUGAAAAGUCACUGUCAAAGGCUGAUUACUCUAGGUACAACCAAUUACCCAUACAAUAGUGAUAAAAACUCCAUGUUCACAAAGUGCAUUCAAAGAAGUAUUGUCAUGUUUCCUAUUUCAACCAAAAAAUCCUUUAAAAUUUGUGAGAUGUGUUUAUUUUAUAUCAGCAAAUUUACUUUAAAUCUUUACAACUGUAUGUUAUGAUUGAAUUUCUCAAUGUGAACAUUUCUAACUAUUUUUAUAAGUAAAAGGGAUGUUUUAUAAUUAUUUCAUGACCUUCUUACUGUUUUUUAGUAGACUGCAGUGAUGUUCAGUGACUAGAUAUUGGACCACUGUGGUUCAUAUUUUACAGAAGAAAAAGCUAUAAAUUUGUGAUUUUUACUGUAUCUAAAAAACAUGCAUUACAUAACAAGUCCGUUAAAAUAAAAUAUUUUUUCAUGA